CCUAGAUUUCCGCGCUUACCACCAACCAGCCAAUCAGAGUCAGUCCAAGGACGGAAUCGGGCGCUAAUAGGUGCCCGCCGCCUGCCGCAGCCUGGGUUCCGUGGGCCGGUUUGGACACCCUAGCUCCAGCCAGGAGAGUGUGCGCGAACCUGCAUUGCUGUGGCUUCUAGGGUAUCUCAGGAUCGCCUCCAAACGCCUUUUCCGAGACAAGCAUCUUGCGGCCCUGGCAACUCAUCCCUCCCUAAGAUCAUAGGCCACAGCAAUCAACCCACAAGUCCCGAUGGGCCCCGAGGCGGGCGCGGCGAGGCCCGGGCGCUUCUUCGGCGUCUACCUGCUCUACUGCCUGAACCCUCGGCACAGGGGUCGCGUCUAUGUGGGGUUCACCGUCAACCCUACUCGUAGGGUCCAGCAGCACAAUGGGGGCCGCAAGAAAGGAGGGGCCUGGCGGACCAGCGGGCGCGGGCCCUGGGAGAUGGUGCUUAUCGUGCACGGCUUCCCUUCCGCCGUGGCCGCCCUUCGGUUCGAGUGGGCCUGGCAGCACCCGAAAGCCUCACGCCGCCUGGGACACGUGGGCCCGCGCCUGCGCAGCGAGGCGGCCUUCGCUUUCCACCUGCGCGUGCUGGCGCACAUGCUGCGCGUGCCGCCCUGGGCGCGCCUCCCGCUCACCGUCCGCUGGCUGCGCGCCGACUUCCGACAGGAGCUCAGCCCGCCGCCGCCGCCGCACAUGCCGUUGGCCUUCGGGCCUCCGCCGCCCCGCGCCCCGGCCCCAAAGCGCCGCGCCGGACCCUUAGCUGACCUGGAGUCCGAGCCUGACCAAGAGGCCGAGGCCUGCUGCGCCCUGUGCACGCGCUCCUUCCAGGAUGAAGAAGGCCCGCUGUGCUGCCCCCACCCUGGCUGCCGCCUCAGGGCCCACGUGAUCUGCCUCGCAGAGGAGUUCCUGGAGAAGGAGCCGGGGCAGCUUCUGCCCCUAGAGGGCCAGUGCCCUGGCUGUAAGAACUCGCUGCUGUGGGGAGACCUGAUCUGGCUGUGCCAGAUGGGCACCGAAGAGGAAGGAGAGGACCUGGAAUUAGAAGAGGAACACUGGACAGACAUGCUGGAGACCUGAUCCUCAGCGCCCCCAACCCUCCACCCACUGCGUGUUUGUGCCACUCCUGUGGGUCCGGGCAGUUUUUACUUGAGCGCAAUAAAGAGUCUGAGUUAAGGGAA